UCGGCGCGCCGCUUCCAGGGCUCUACAAACCUGCCGGCUGCCAUGGCUGAGGUGGGCCGAGCAGGCAUCAGCGACCCAGGCGCGCUGCUCCCACGGGGCUUCUGGGCUGCGGUGGAGGUGUGGCUGGAGAGGCCGCAGGUGGCCAACAAACGGCUUUGCGGCGCCCACCUGGAGGCCCGCUGGAGCGCUGCCCUGCCCUGCGCCGAGGCCCGCGGCCCAGGGACGAGCGCAGGCUCGGAGCAGAAGGAGCGGGGUCCGGUUCCCGGCCAGGGUUCCCCCGGAGGGGGCACGGGUCCCACGCUGCGAUCAGGACCCAAGCAGGGCAUGGCAUGUUGCGAACUUGAGGAGGCCCAGGGCCAGUGCCAGCAAGAGGAGGCACAGAGGGAAGCCGCCUCGGCGCCCCUGAAGGACUCCGGGCACCCCGGCCAUGCUGAAGGAGACGAGGGCGACUUCCCCUCCGCAGAUCUGGAUUCGCUCUGGGACGAUUUCUCCCGAAGUCUCGCCUGUGGCAAUUCGGAGAUGCUGGCCUUCCUCACCUGCUCCCGGGCGGGAUCGCAGCCAGAGGCGCAGCGUGAGCUCGACGUGGUUCUCAGAACCGUCAUCCCGAAAACUAGCCCACAUUGCCUCCUUACAGCUCCCAGGAGGGAAAUAGUCGUGCAAGAUGUCCUCAAUGGAACUGUAACGUUUUUGCCUUUGGAAGAAGAUGAUGAGGGGAAGUUAAAGGUUAAGAUGAGCAAUGUAUAUCAAAUUCAGCUCAGUCAUAGCAAAGAAGAAUGGUUCAUAUCUGUUUUAAUUUUCUGUCCAGAAAGAUGGCAUUCAGAUGGAAUUGUGUAUCCCAAACCCACAUGGCUUGGAGAAGAGUUGCUGGCCAAGUUGGCCAAGUGGUCUGUAGAGAACAAGAAGAGUGACUUUAAAAGCACCCUUUCCCUCGUCUCUAUUAUGAAGUACAGCAAGGCUUACCAGGAACUUAAAGAGAAGUAUAAGGAAAUGGUUAAGGUGUGGCCUGAAGUCACUGAUCCUGAGAAGUUCGUGUAUGAAGAUGUGGCUAUCGCAGCAUACCUGCUGAUUCUAUGGGAAGAAGAAAGGGCCGAGAGGGGACUAACUGCCAGGCAGUCCUUUGUGGACCUGGGAUGUGGAAAUGGCCUCCUGGUCCACAUCCUGAACAGUGAGGGGCAUCCAGGCAGAGGGAUUGAUGUCCGGAGAAGAAAAAUCUGGGACAUGUAUGGACCACAGACUCAGUUAGAGGAAGAUGCAAUCACACCCAAUGAUAAGACCCUUUUCCCUGAUGUUGAUUGGUUAAUCGGUAACCAUUCUGAUGAACUCACACCAUGGAUACCUGUCAUUGCAGCCAGGUCUUCCUACAAUUGCCGCUUCUUUGUCCUCCCCUGCUGCUUCUUUGACUUCAUUGGAAAAUACUCCCGGAGGCAGAGUAAGAAGACUCAGUACCGGGAGUACCUUGACUUCAUUAAAGAAGUGGGCUUCACCUGUGGGUUCCACGUGGACGAAGACUGCCUCAGGAUUCCUUCAACCAAAAGAGUCUGUCUCUUUGGGAAAUCCAGAACAUACCCUCCCUCCAGAGAAGCUUCCGUGGAUGAAAAGAGGACUCAGUACAUUAAGAGCAGGCGGGGCUGCCCUGUGAGCCCGCCUGGACCGGAGCUUUCCCCUUCUCCACGCCGGCUUGCUGCCGGCAGUGCUGGUCACUGUGACAGUCACCAAGCUCUGGACGCCAGGCUCGGGUGUGUAGCUGGGACCUGGGCCGCUGAGCGUGGAGCAGGGCCCCAGGCCGAAGGACCCUGGCUACCUGGAUUUCAUCCCAGAGAAAAGGCCGAGCCUGUGAGGAACUGUGCCGCCCUGCCACGAGGUUUCAUCGACCGAGUGGUUUUGCAAGUGGCAAAUUUAUUGUUAGGCGGAAAGCAAUUAAACACAGGAAGUUCUCGAAAUGGGAGUUUGAAGACCUGGAAUGGGGGAGAGAGCCUAUCUCUGGCAGAAGUAGCCAGUGAGCUGGACACGGAGACCCUGCGGAGGCUGAAGCGGGAGUGUGGGGGCCUGCAGACGCUGCUCCGGAACAGCCACCAGGUGUUCCGAGUUGUGAAUGGGAGAGUUCACAUCCGCGACUGGAGAGAGGAGACGCUGUGGGAAACAAAGCAACCGGAAGCGAAACAGAGAGUGCGCUCCGAAGCCUGCAAGACCCGCCUCUGCUGGUUCUUCACGCAUCACCCUGACGGCUGUGCUCUGUCCGCGGACUGCUGCCCGUUUGCCCAUGGGCCUGCGGAGCUGCGGCCACCCCGGACCACCCCGAGGACAUUGUCAACCUGAUACUCACUCACCUGACACUCCUGUUCUUCAGGAACCACCUGGAGGCGCUCCUCACCGCCAUCCUCCUCCAAUCCAGGCCAGAGUUGUUUGCCAUCCUAGCCACAGCCGUCUUGAGUUUUGCAGCCUCCUCAUCCUGGGCAAAACCUUUGAAGUCCUGGGUGAAUUCUUACGUGUCCUUCUCUGGAUGCCACUCACGCACACCUUGGCAAGCGUGCCUGGGUCAUCAUCCCAAGCUCAAACAAGGUUUCUGGCGCAGCCCUAGUUGCCAUCCUUCCACAGUUGCAUCAGUGCCUUCUCGGCGGACUCUUCAGCUGAAGCUAUAGCCCGGGCAAAGGACCUCCUCAGCCAGGCGGCCUUAAAAGCUGCUGUGAGUGCUGGGUCCAUCAGAUCAAAGGAGUGGUGUUUGGAGGGGGAGCCACUGUGACAUAGGGGUGAAAAUCACCAGUAAGAGGAGGAUGUGUGGGUGCAGCACCACCAACAAGCCAGACCUUGAAAGGAACUGUGUUAUCUGGCAACACAGGAGGGAUGAAAAUCACCAAUAAGAGCAGGAUGUGCAGGAGCAGCACCACCCACUAGCAAGACCUUGAAAGGAACUGUCAUCUGGCAACUCAUCUUGGAAGAGGAGUGGGCUAUUCCUAACUCCCUUGUUCCUGCACUGCCCUGGCCCUGUGUGCUCACUGUUUCUCUUGAAGGGCCUGGGGCUCUCAUUGUGCAGGAUCACAUUCGUAGCCUGCAACAUGGCCACCAGGCAAGGCUGGUGUCCUGUCCCUAAAAGCCUGGAAGCCUGGCAUUGACUUGGCCUCCUUAAUGGAUGAAAGUGAAACACCUGUGCAAAAAUUCUAUCAGUGAGAAAAUAAUGACGGUGAAAGAUCUGAGCUAACCCACCCCACAUCUUACCUUUCCCUGAAUUAAUAGUGCUGGGCUAACUUUGGAAGACAGGCUGUAGUUUUGUUGUUGUUGUUCCUGUUUUUGAGACAGAGUCUCGCUCUGUCACCCAGGCUGGAGUUCAGUGGUGCAAUCUUGGCUCACUGCUACCUCUGCCUCCUGGGU